CCUUCCGUAGUUUCUCAUUGUUACACCCUUCUCUAUCAACCAUGCAGAUCUUCGUGAAGACCCUCACCGGCAAGACAAUCACGCUUGAGGUGGAGUCCUCGGACACGAUCGACAAUGUGAAGGCAAAGAUUCAGGACAAGGAGGGAAUCCCGCCCGAUCAGCAGCGCCUCAUCUUCGCUGGAAAGCAGCUUGAGGACGGACGGACGCUCUCGGACUACAACAUUCAGAAGGAGAGCACUCUUCACCUCGUCCUGCGUCUGCGUGGCGGUAUGCAAAUCUUUGUCAAGACUCUCACGGGCAAGACUAUUACGUUGGAAGUGGAGUCCUCGGACACCAUCGACAAUGUGAAGGCCAAGAUCCAGGACAAAGAGGGCAUCCCGCCAGACCAGCAGCGCCUCAUCUUCGCUGGCAAGCAAUUGGAGGAUGGCCGCACUCUUUCCGACUAUAACAUCCAGAAGGAGAGCACGUUGCAUCUUGUCCUGCGUCUCCGUGGUGGGAUGCAGAUCUUCGUCAAGACCCUUACGGGUAAGACCAUCACGUUGGAGGUCGAGUCUUCGGACACCAUCGACAACGUGAAGGCGAAGAUCCAAGACAAGGAGGGUAUCCCGCCAGACCAGCAGCGUCUUAUCUUCGCGGGCAAGCAGCUCGAGGACGGCCGCACGCUUUCGGAUUAUAACAUUCAGAAGGAGAGCACCCUUCACUUGGUGCUCCGUCUUCGUGGUGGUAUGCAAAUCUUCGUUAAGACGUUGACUGGGAAGACGAUCACUCUUGAGGUUGAGUCGUCUGACACUAUCGACAAUGUCAAGGCGAAGAUUCAGGACAAGGAGGGCAUCCCUCCUGACCAGCAACGUCUCAUCUUCGCUGGGAAGCAGCUCGAGGAUGGUCGUACACUAUCCGACUACAACAUUCAGAAGGAAAGCACUCUGCAUCUUGUUUUGCGUCUUCGUGGUGGUAUGCAGAUUUUCGUUAAGACGUUGACGGGUAAGACCAUCACCCUCGAAGUUGAGUCGUCGGAUACGAUCGACAACGUCAAGGCGAAAAUCCAGGACAAGGAAGGCAUUCCUCCCGACCAGCAGCGCCUGAUCUUCGCAGGCAAGCAGUUGGAGGACGGGCGCACUCUUUCUGAUUACAACAUUCAGAAGGAGAGUACUCUUCACCUUGUUCUCCGUCUGCGUGGUGGUCUCUGAGUCGCUGGAUGUUUGUGUUGUUGCCGCUAGCUCGUUGGUCGCGUUGGUGUUCGCCAGAUGUCUGCAUGAUCGUGUACAAUCAUUGUAAUAUCGCAAUUUCGGAAAUGCCACGUCAUGGUCGUGUAUGUU